UUGACGGCAUAACCUCACAUUUUAGAUCAAAAUCACAACAAAAACGACGCGGUACUUUUCGUGUUAUUAAACUUGUCCCUAGUCUUGUACUGUUCAAAGUUUGUCGAAAUCACCGCUAUAAUAUCAUGUUCAAGGAAAGUAUCAAUCGUAGAAUAUUUGUACCAUAAAAAUGGGAGAUAUUCGUGCAGGAUUAGAUGAACUUAAGCUUGACGUCGCGCUCUUUGCCGAUGUUAAAUUUUACGUCAGUGGAAAAGCUGAUCCCAAAGUAUUGUCAUUAUUGGAUAGAGGUGGAGCAGAACGAUCUAAUUACUUUAGUGCUUUGGUUACACAUCUGAUAGCCGGUCAUGAAGCGUCAGAAAGUGAUAUAUCAGAAGCAAAAGAUUUAUAUGAAAUUCCGGCGGUGACUCAGAAAUGGGUGUUGGAAUCAGUAAAGAGUAAAAAGUUGUUAUUAACAAAAUAUUUUUCUGCUGAAGAAAAUCAGUUGUUUUCUUCCGUACGCGCUUGUGUAUCACAAGUUAGUCAAAUUGACCAUAAAUCACUUUGGGGCAUGAUAGCUCUUCAAGGCGGAAAAUGUCAACUAAGAUUAGAUCGUUAUUGUACACAUUUGAUAGUAGGAAAAGCUAGUGGAGCAAAAUACGACGCAGCAAUUCGUCAUCAUAUCAAAAUUGUUACUCCUGAUUGGGUGACAGAAUGCUGUAAGGAACGUACUUUAAUAGAUGAAACUGAAUAUCAUCCCCGUUUACUGGUUUAUCCACCUCCAAAUAGUUCUACAGCAAUGAUAACAGGAUUCGCUGAAGACGAUCCAGAACCAAAUAUUUCUCAAGAAGAGCGAGAUCAUACAAAAAUGAUGUUGGAGCAAUUAAAGCAAAGAAUGCCAUGGAAUCAACCAAAUACUGUCGCAAAUACUUCCACAGUUUAUACUUCGUCACCUAGUCCAGUGGUGAUGACAUCAAUGCAAAAUGUUGCUACAUCUCAAUUGUCGCAAGUUCCUCAGAUACAAGCACCGUCACCAUCUCAAUCUCCGCAUCAUCAACAACAAUCACAGCAGCAACAACUUCCGCAACAACAACCACAGCAGCAGCAACAGCAGCCCCAACAAUCACAACAUAAUCAAAUGUAUCAACGAUUUGCUGUACCUUCAAGCUUACCAGCAUAUAGUUCUUCCCCUUCUCCAGCACCAAAUAAUAUGAAUCAAAAUAAUUGGCAAUCUCCAGCUAUAAAUACGAUAGCUCCUAUGAAACCAAUACAGCAAACCGAACAGAUCCCGCAGGGCAUGAUGCAGCAGCAAAUGGUUCAACAGCAAUUACAGCAACAACAUAUUCAACAGCAACAGCAGCAGCAACAACAACAACACAUGCCUCAACAAAUAAACCAACUGCAAACUACAUUUACACAGCAAAUGAUUGGUCCACAAUCAUCUCCACAAUUAGCAUCGCCAGCUCCAACAAUAAGCCAACAACAUCCUCAAAUGAAUCAACAAGCAAUGAUGCCACAACAGCAACCAAACAUUCCGAUGUCACCUCAGCAACAGAUGAUGUCUCCUCAGCAUCCACAAAUAAUGUCUCCGCAACAAAAACAAAUUAGCCCACAUCAGAUGCAACUUCCACAGCAACAGAAUCAGAAUUUAGGACAACAAAUUAUUCAAGGAAAUCAAAUAAAUCAACAAAUGCAACAAAUGGGACCACAUCAACAACCAAUUAUUCAACAACAAAUAACUCAACAAAUGGUAAAUCAAACACAAAUUCAACAACAGAUUGCUCAACAGCAAAUGUCUCAACAACAGAUUCCUCAGCAACAAAUUCCACAACCACCCAUACCACAGCAACAGAUUUCACAACAACCGAUUCCACAACAACCGAUUCCACAACAACCGAUUCCACAGCAACAGAUUCCACAGCAACAGAUUCCACAACCGCAGAUUCCUCAGUCUCAAAUUCCUCAACAGCAAAUGCAACAGCAGCAAAUGGCUCAACAACAAAUGCAACAACCUAUUCAACAACAAAUGAAUCAACAACAAUUAACCCCCGAGCAACGUCAACAGUUAUUACUUAUUCAACAACAGCAGCAACAAAAAAUUCAACAAAUAUCUCAACAAUUACAGCAAUCAGCUCCUCAGCCAUCUCAGCAAUUCAUCGUUAGAGAAGGUCAAAUUCAACAGCAAACUCCAAAUCAAGUAAUGAAUCAAAAUCAACAAAGUUUUAUUGUAAAUAGAGAAGCCUGGCAACAACAACAGUAUCAUCUACAACUCCAAAGACAGCAACAGCAGCAACAAUUAGGUCCACAGAGACCUGCGGGUCAAUGGGUACAGCAACCUCCACAGCCUGUGAGACAAUUAAUUCAUCUUGAUGCUCAAACUCAUCAACAACUACAACAAAUGGAUCCUCAGCAACGUGCACAAGUUAUACAAAAAAUACAAAAGUCUCGAAAUUUCUUACUCCAACGUCAGUUACAAAAUAGACAGGCUCAGCAAGGUCCACAUGCUGCAGUUAUAAGAGCACCUGGAAGUCCGGGACAAGCUGGCUUACAAUGGGUUCAACAACGCCCACAAAUAAUGAGUCAAACACCACCAGCAGCAGCGCAAAAACCUAUGCUACCUGGUGUUCAGCCUCCUGCUCUAACUCCUAUUAAUUCUCCAAAUCAAGUAAUUGUACAAUCAGCCACUGGAGCCGUUCAAGCACCUCCAGGACAGCCAGGACAAACUUAUCAACAAGGUCAACUAACUCAUCAACAAUUAGCACAGUUACAUAUGCAAAAACAACAGCAAAUGGCUCGUCUUCAGCAGUUACAUCUUCAACAACAACAGCAGCAACAACAACAACAGCCACCUAUUCCAGAACCAGCCAUGACACCUUUAACACCAUUAUCAGUCAACUCUCAAAUGCCUCCAGAUCAACAAUUAGUUGUUAACGCUAAAACCAAAACAGCUUUAGCUAAUAUGUUAACUAAUCGUCUUCAAGGUGGAGCAGCUGAAGGUAGUGCAGCAGGUCAGUUAAGACUGAUGACAGCGCAACAUCGAGCUCCACCACCACCACCUCAAGAUCCAGCCCUUCUUGCUGCUUAUCAAAGGCGUACUUUAGGUAAUAUUACAAAUGGAGCACCGCCAGGGUCCAUAAAGAUGCAAUAUCAACAAGCAAUGACACAAUCAAAAGCCCAAUUCUAUGGACAUAAUCCAAAUCUCAAGCUUCCACCAGAUUUAUGUCUGUUAGGUUGCAUCUUUGUGAUAGUCGAAUACGAAGCGCACUAUUCUCAAGCGGAAGUUGCUAAUUGGAAACAAGUAAUUGAACGUCAUGGUGGUGAAGUAGAACCUCAAUACUGCUCUCGUGCUACUCAUGUACUUGCUAUAACUCAAAAACAUCCAGUAGUAGUUCAAGCUCUUCGAGAUGGAAAAAGAUGUGUCAAUGCACAUUGGUUGUCAGAUAUCGUUAGUAAGCAACAAGUUUUGCCACCGUGGCAUGCACUACAUUUUCCAAUUCCUUUUGAUGUCACAGAAAAACCAUGUCCCAAUCAUAAUAUUUCUUUUUCUGGAUUUGAAGGAGAAGAAAGAACGAAAAUAAAAGCCAUGUUUGAUGCAAUAGGUGUGAAAUAUACUACAUAUUUUUCUAGACAUAAUACUAUAUUAAUAUGUCGAAAACCGGAAGGACCUAAGUACAAAAAAGCUAAAGAAUGGCAAAUUCCAGUAGUAAAUGCUCAAUGGAUCACAGAUAUAUUAUGUGGACAAUUGAAUGCAUUGCAUCAAAUCGAUACUCCGAAGUAUCAACAAUUUAGUUUAAGUAAUCCAUUUAGGUUGGAUUAUUCUAUAAUUCCGCAUUUAAUGGCGGCUUGGAAAAUGCCGAUAAAUAUCACACAAGAAUCUUAUGAUAAAGUUAAACAAGUUGGUCAAGGACCUAAUGCAAUGAGAAGACAUAAAAAACCUAGAUUAGAAGGACCACUUUUAAAUAAGGAUCCACAAUUAUUAGGUUUAGAUGAACCGAUUGUAAUCAGCAAUCCAGACCCACCGUCACCGGAAAAGCAACCUAAGAUUUUAUUUUCUGGAACAAAUCCACGAAAACAUGCGAAAAGAAUUCGUGAAUUGGGAGGUGCACUUGCAGCUAAUUGGAGAGAUGCAACUCAUUUAGUGAUGCCAGCACCUUAUCGAACAGUGAAAUUUCUCUGUUGUCUUUCACGAUGCAAAUAUAUUGUUAAUAUACAAUGGUUAAUGGAUUGUUUUGCAAAAAACACUUUUCUUGAUGAAAGUUCUUAUACUCUUGGUGAUACAGAGUUUGAAAAAAAUUUUAAUUGCAAUAUUGAAAAAGCUCUUACGAGUCCCAAUCGUGGAUCCGUACUUAAGGGAAAAACAUUUUAUGUGACGCCGAGCGUCGUGCCAUCACCUUCAGCCUUCGCAGAGAUAAUUGAAAGUGCUGGAGGAGUAAUGGAAAAAACUCGAAGAUCAUUAUCACAAAUUCAAGAAAUGAAUAAUUCUGGAAAGUUGAACUACAUUAUUAUUACACAAGAGAAAGAUGUUCACCUACUUGCUGAUGUUUUACGUGCUAAUAUAAAUGUGUACAGUGCAGAAGUAGUUUUGGGAGCAAUUUGUCGUCAAAACUUUCAAAUUGAUUCAGCAAAUCUGUGAGCACUUAAUUUCUGAAUCUGAUUAUAUGAUUAACAGAGAAAAGAAACUUUUUUCAGAAUUAUUUUAUAAUUGGAUAAAUAAAUGAAAUAUAUUUCAA